AUGGCCGCCAUAACAGCUGAUAUCCAAUAUUGGUCCUUCUUCCUUCUCUGGCUCAUCUCAACACUUCUAAUUCAAUACAUCUUCAAGAAAUUAACCAAGCAAACCACCCAUCUUCGCCUCCCCCCAAGCCCACCAUCACUUCCUUUCAUCGGUCACAUACAUCACUUAUCUCCUUCGGUGUAUAGGUGCUUGCACAAGUUGUCCUCCAAAUAUGGUCCUCUCCUCUAUCUCCGCCUUGGCUCAUACCCUAUUGUUGUCGCCUCAUCAGCUUCAGUGGCCACCCAAAUCUUCAAAACACAUGAUCUCAACUUCGCAGAAAAACCAAAAUCUAAUGUUGGAGAUAGUUUAUUACUUGGAAUCUCAAGUUUUAGCAACGCCCCAUAUGGGGAUUACUGGAGGUUCAUGAAGAAACUUUGUGCCACAGAAUUGCUUGGGACACGCCAGCUAGAAAGGUCAAGGAAUGUUAGACGUGAAGAACUUGUCCGGUUUUUGCAGAAGUUGUUGGAGAAAGCUCAUAAAAAUGAGGCUGUUGAUUUGGGAGAUGAACUAAUGACACUAACAAAUAAUAGUACAUGUAGAAUGGCAAUGAGUACAAGGUGUUCAGGGGAAGAUAAUGAGGCAAAGAAGUGUAGACAGCUGGUGAAGGGAGCCUUGGAGCUGGUUGCAAAGUUAUACGUAGCAAAUUUAUUUGGUUUGAGGAAAUUAGGAUUUUGGGUUUAUCGGAAACAGGUCUUGGAUCUACCUGAAAGGUAUGAUAAGUUGCUGGAGAAACUCCUGAAGGAGCAUGAAGAGAAAGCUAAAAGAAACGGUGGCAAUACAAAGGAUAAAGAUUUGAUGGAUAUUCUCUUGGAAGUAUAUCAUGAUAAAAAUGCAGAAAUUAAGAUAAGCAGAGGCCACAUGAAGGCCUUCUUUCUGGAUAUCUUUCUUGGAGGCACCGCUACUUCAUCAAUGGCAAUGCAAUACAUUAUGGCAGAACUCAUCAACAAUCCAAAUGUAUACAAGAAGCUCAGAGAGGAGAUAGAGUUAGUUGUUGGAAAAAAUAGACUGGUGGAAGAUUCAGACAUCCCAAGCCUACAUUAUCUGCAAUCAGUUGUGAAGGAAGGGCUACGACUACACCCUCCAGUACCCAUAAUGCGUAGGCUAUGCCGCAAUAGUUGUAAAAUUGGAGGGUUCGAUUUACCAGAAGAAACUGCAGUACUGGUCAAUUUGUAUUCCAUUCUGAGGGAUCCAGAGGUAUGGGAUAACCCUGAUGAGUUUUGCCCAGAGAGAUUCUUGGUUUCAACUUUAGAACAAGAGAGCGGAGAGGAAACUAAAAGGGGGCAAAAUUCUGGUUUUGUUCCGUUCGGUGGAGGAAGGAGAAUGUGUCCUGGUUCAAAUUUGGCCUUCAGUUUGAUGAAUACUACUGUUGCAGCUAUGGUUCAAUGCUUUGAUUGGAAGAUCGGUACAGAUGGAGAUGUAACAAAGGUUAACAUGAAAGAAAAAUCAGGCAUGACUAUGCAAAUGGCCCAUCCACUUGUGUGUCUUCCUGUGGUUCACUCCAACCCAUUUUCUGUUUAA